UCAUUUUGCUUUUUUGUUUUCUUCUUCAAAACAUGAGCACCACAUUCGAAUCACCUACAAAAUAUGAUAACAACAAUAUGCUUUCACCCAAUAACAAUAGCAACAGCAACAGCAAGAACACCACACCUAUCAAGAAUAUCAAGGAUAUCAAUCACGACGGAUUUAAAGACUUCAUGAAUGCUAUUCAAUCUCGUCAAUUGAACUGGUCAACACAGACUGCGCCAUCAAUUUAUCGACAUAGACAGAUAGAAGAUUUAGCACCAAUGGAAUGCCAAUUGCUGAGCGAAUUAAUGACGAAAUAUUCUGAGCAGCAAAUCCUCAUCGUGGAUGUGCGAUCCUUUGCUUACUAUUCAAAGAGCCGAAUUCAAUCAGCCAUUCACCUUUCCAUUCCUUCUGUCUUAUUGAAAAGAGCAUCUUAUACAUUAGAUAAAGUAUGUGAUUCUAUUUCAAUUCCAGAAGCAGCUGAACGUCUUAGACACUGGCAACAAGUGACACAUGUUGUCUUUUAUGACCAUUCAGCUUAUAAGCCCACUGACUCUGGCAAUUCAGCUACAGCUAUUCUGUUGGGAUCCAAGCUACGUAAAGAAGGCUAUAAAGGUCAAUUGAAUCAUUUGCAAGGUGGUUUCCAAAGCUUUAGUCAACGCUAUGCUGAUCAAUGCGAUUUUGAGUCCAUGGAAGAAUUGAGCACGUCUAUUAAGCGAGAAAACAGACCGACCAGCAUUGCAUUACCUACCUCAAAAGACCUGGAUCCAAAUCCCUUUUUCUCUAAUAUUCGACAGAACCUUGAACUUGCUCAUGGUCCUAUUCAAGAGCGUUUUGAUAUUCGAUUACCCUAUGGAUUCCAUCAUCAAGAUGGUAUUGUGUACUGCAGUCGAUCUCCUUCUUCUCAAACAAGCGGUGGCAGUGUUCAAGCCAAUACACACUAUCAUCCACGCUUUGGUCUUGCUGGAAGUUCGGUAGACCAUGAAGGAAAUUUUGAGUUACCUGUCUGGUUACAAAAAGUAAUGUAUGCAGCCCAUGGUCCUAAAUUAUUAGCAGAUAUGUACGAGCAAUUGGAACGUACCGAGCAAAAGCGACUUUCAACUAUCCUUCAGUACCAUUCAAAUAGAGAACAAGAACCCAAGUCUAAAUUCCCACUCUCCAUUACUUCGUCAAUAGAAAAAGGCACACUAAAUCGAUAUGAUAACAUUUGGCCUUACGAAUAUUCACGCGUUAAACUCAAUGAACAUGACUAUAUCAAUGCAAACUAUGUUCAGUUUGCCAAUAUUAAAAAGGAUAUUACACAAGGACCCAUGCUUCAAUCUUCUCAAGAAGCAUCACUCCAAGAAAAUGGACUCCUAAGUCAAGCCUCUGUACAGACUAUGAAUCCAUCUGAUCAAGUUGAUCUCGUAACCACACGUCCCUAUAUUUCCACGCAAGGCCCUUUACCCACUACUUUUCAUGACUUUUGGAAAAUGAUUUGGGAUCACCAGUCUUUUGUGAUUGUCAUGUUAACUCAGGAAAUAGAAAUGAAUAAGAUGAAAUGUCAUCGAUAUUGGCCAAGUCUUCACACCUCAGAAACCUAUGGUCUGUUCACUGUCUCACUUGUGUCUGAAUCAAAACAAGCUGUGAUAAAUAUGAAUGAUAAACGAGAACCUAUUCAUGGUGAUGAUGAUGAAUGGAUCAUGAUACGCACAUUGCGUUUAAGACACAAUCCCACAGGUCAAGAACGUACGUUGUCACAUUUACAAUAUACUGGCUGGACUGAUUUUGGUGUACCUGAUCACCCUAUUGGUAUUUUACAACUUGUGCAUGAAGCAGAUGAAGCGUAUACAAGACAUAAACAAACAGGUCCUAUGGUUGUCCAUUGCUCCGCAGGCUGUGGUCGAUCAGGCACAUUUUGUGUGAUUGAUACCAUGAUUCAGAGACUCUGGCACGAACGAGAUGUCUAUACAUGUUCUAAGCAAGACAAGAUAUGGGAAACCGUAGAUCGGUUUAGAGAACAACGCAUGAGCAUGGUGCAAACACACCGUCAAUUUGUAUUUUGCUAUGAAGCUAUUCUUUGGUGGUUAUUAGGUUAUGGUAAUUUACCUACCAGUCCUAAUGAUUCAGAUUUGAUGCUGAUGGUAAGAAAUUCAGCUAGUUAUUCUCCUGUACAUAACCAAGUUCUCUCACCACUGAAUAAUCAAUCUUAUUUCAAUAGUAAUAGUACCAAUGCAGAUAAGAGUCCUAAUUCAGUGGGAAGUGUUGUAGAUGAUUUUGAAAAAAUGUAAAUAAAAGAAAUGUAAAU